AUGGAAAUCGAUUUAUCAGCGAUAGAGUAUGUUGAGCACAUUAGAAGCUCGGAGUGGUCAUGUAUUUUCCGCACACGCUGGCGCGACAGAGACUGUAUUCUCAAAGUGUACCACAGUAUUAAACCAUCUCAUGCCGACCCGAUAGACCGCGAAGUCGAUAUCUUUAAAUGCGAAAGCAAAGCCUAUAUUCGACUCAAGGCUCGUGGUCUAUGUGACAAAGGAUAUAUCCCUGAUUUCUACGGUCUGAUAAAGCAAAUCAACCCAGUGGAAUGGUCACCACACUUGACAAAGUUUCUCGAAGAUCGGUUACCUCCCAAUGCUGUUCUGCUUGAAUAUGUCCCGGAUCUUCAGCAGAUUGAUUUAUCUACAUUUUCGAUAGACAGGAUCUACAGACUCCGUCGGAUUCUCUCGGAGAUACAUGACGCGGGAGUUUAUCAUGGUGAUCCAUAUCCACGAAAUAUAAUGGUUCAGCAAAGCUCCGAUAGGGUUCUGUGGAUCGAUUUUGAUCGUGCCCAAACUUUCUUUCAAGACUCAAUCACAGAUCUCCAACGGCAAUGGCUGGAGGGCGAAAUUGAAUUGGUGGACUAUUUUGUCGAUGCUCUUGCCGCAGACUUUAAGGAGGGCAAGCUCCAUCGUGCAUGGUCGGCUUAUUAUGAAGGCGUUUAUCAAGGUUCUUGA